UUCCAAACUUUUUCAUUCUUCUUUUUCUUUUUGCUCUCUCUCUCUCUCUCUCCCUCCCUCUCUCUCUCUCUAUAUAUAUAUAUUCUUCUUUUCCUUUUUUUCUAAUAUUUCCCUUUUCAAUUUCUCUAAUAUAUAACUAAGAACAUCAAUAUUAUUGUCUUAAUUUUUCUUCUACUUUCCAAACCUCUUGUUUGGGAAAAGGAGAAAAAAAGGGAAGAAAAUCAGAGGAAGUAGGAACAGGCAUUAUCUUCUUCUGAGUCCCAAUUUCGGCGCCCUAGAUUUUCUCUCCUUUUUACUCACUUCACCUCGAUCUUUGCUUCUCGAGUUUCCGCUUUCCUUUAGGGUUCAUUGAUGGACUCCGAGGAUGAUAUGCACGACGCCAACGACAUGGAGUCUCUCGAUGACGAUUUCUACAGUGGCGAGACUGAGGAUGCUCCCAUGGACUACUACAGCGACUACGAUGACGACGCCGAUGAUUGCUUCGACGAUGCCGACGGGAUUCAGUCCCGUCGCCCGGAGCAAAAUUUUACCGUCUUGAAGGAAUUCGAUAUUCGAUUAAGACAGGAAGAUGACAUCAGUAGAGUAGCAACGGUUCUUUCCAUAUCAAGAGUUCAUGCAAGCAUACUGCUUCGUCACCAUAAUUGGAGCAUCAGUAAAGUGCAUGAUGCAUGGUUUGCUGACGAAGAACGAGUCCGAAAAACAGUUGGCUUGUUGGAGAAACCGAUUGUCCAGUUUCCCAAUGCUAGAGAGCUUACUUGUGGCAUCUGUUUUGAAAACUAUCCUCGUUCUCGGAUUGAAAUGGCUUCUUGUGGUCAUCCCUACUGUAUCUCAUGCUGGGAAGGGUAUAUCAGCACAUCCAUUAGCGAUGGUCCUGGAUGUUUGAUGCUGAGAUGUCCUGAUCCCACUUGUGGUGCUGCUGUUGGUCAAGAUAUGAUUAAUCUAUUAGCAUCUGAUGAAGAUAAACAAAAGUAUGCUCGUUACCUUCUUAGAUCUUAUAUUGAAGACAAUAAAAAGUCCAAGUGGUGUCCUGCUCCAGGUUGUGAAUAUGCAGUUACUUUUGAUGCUGGCAGUGGAAAUUAUGAUGUCUCUUGCCUCUGUUCAUAUAGUUUUUGUUGGAAUUGCACUGAGGAGGCUCAUCGUCCAGUGGACUGUGGCACAGUGGCAAAGUGGAUUUUGAAGAACAGUGCAGAGUCUGAAAACAUGAACUGGAUACUUGCUAACUCAAAGCCAUGUCCCAAGUGCAAGCGACCAAUUGAAAAAAAUCAAGGAUGCAUGCACAUGACAUGCACUCCGCCCUGUAAAUUUGAAUUUUGCUGGCUUUGCCUUGGUGCAUGGUCAGACCAUGGUGAAAGAACUGGUGGCUUUUAUGCUUGCAAUCGUUAUGAAGCAGCUAAACAAGAAGGAGUGUACGAUGAUGCUGAAAGAAGAAGAGAAAUGGCAAAAAAUUCAUUGGAAAGAUACACCCAUUAUUAUGAGCGGUGGGCCAGCAAUCAAUCUUCAAGGCAAAAAGCUCUCGCAGAUCUACACCAGAUGCAGACUGUUCAUAUUGAGAAGCUUAGUGACGUACAGUGUCAGCCUGAGUCACAGCUCAAGUUCAUAACGGAGGCCUGGUUGCAGAUAAUUGAGUGUAGGCGAGUGCUGAAAUGGACGUAUGCAUAUGGGUACUAUUUACCGGAGCAUGAGCAUGCAAAAAAACAGUUCUUUGAAUACUUACAAGGUGAAGCAGAAUCUGGUCUGGAGAGACUUCAUCAAUGUGCUGAAAAGGAACUACAGCCAUUCCUCCUUGCUGAUGGUCCAUCUAGAGAAUUCAAUGACUUCCGUACAAAGUUAGCUGGAUUGACUAGCGUGACUCGAAACUACUUUGAGAAUUUAGUGAGGGCAUUAGAGAAUGGUCUAUCUGAUGUGGAUGGUAAUGGAGCUGCCUUCACCCGAGCAACAAGCUCAAAGAAUGUUGCUGGGAGCAGUAAGGGGAGAACUGGAAGAGGAAAGGGAACUUUCCGAACCAGCAUGUCCAGCAGAAUGUCUGAUGAUAAUCAUUGGUGUUGCGAGCAUUGUACCUAUGCAAAUGCCAAUUCUGCCACCACAUGUCAGAUGUGCUAUCAACAGCGUUGAUGAAAACUUGGUUCUCUAUUUGAAACACGUAUCUCCUGCCCAGGGCCUCUGCACCAAAAGCUGAGAUGGAGUUGUUUCCCUAUUUGCCUAGAUAUAUGCUGACUGACUCCACUUUGUGAGGCUAAUAAAUAUAUGAACAGGAUGAAAGGAGUAAGGCAUGGAAGAAAGGUUGCCCUCCUUACACUCCUAUUCAAUACAACCCGAUUUCAUGUAUAUAGUGUUCUAUCUUAUUUACGUAUGGAGAUUUCUACUGCAGGCUUUUGUAACUGAAUAUCUUAACAGACGCUGGAGAUGAAUACAGGUGUGCUUGUUUGUGCCCUGAUAUCUCUUUCAGUUAGUCUCUUGGAAGCUUGUGUUACCUAGGGUAUAGUUAUAAGCUUAGGGUUUGUUUACAUUUGUAAGAAAUCAUGACAAGGGACUGCAAUAAAUAUUAUACUGUAUCAGUUAAUCAAUCGCUGCUUAAUUUUCAUUUUU